AUGCAGUCCAACCAUUAUCUCUCGGCGGAGAAGAAGAAACUUCAGUAGAGGAACCAUUAACACGGAAAAAGUUCUAAAAUGAGAGUUUUCAACUUGCUGCUGAUUGGAGUUUUGAUUGCGUUGUGUGUCAGCGCGGAAUCGGUGAGUGCUCACCCUCCUAAGGACGAGCCCAGGCCCGAGCCAUGUGACACCACGACGAGACCACCCUGUGAACGGACGACGACCACAACCACCCUCGAUCCACCCUGUAAAAGAACUACCACAACGGAAACGCCAUGCACCACAACUAAGGAAACACCCCCCUGUGCACGAUCAACUACAACAACGACACCCUCUGAACCAACAACCACAACAACGACAACACCCUGUGACACAACGACAACAACCACUACAACGACAACAACAACCACAACCACUACGACGACAACCACAACAACCACUAGUACAACAACGACGCCUACCACAACAACCACAACAACUACUACGACAACAACUACGACGACAACCACUACUACACCAACGACGACAACAACCACUACAACAACAACAACAACAAAAACGACAACAACCACUACAACAACACCCUGCGAGCCAACCACCACAACAACGACAACAACUACUACGACAACCACUACCACAACAACCACUACUACAACAACCACUACAACAAGAAACUGUGACACAAAACCCAUCACAACAACGACAACUACUACGACGACAACCACAACGACAACUACCACAGAAGGUACCUGUGACACAGCCACAACAACGACGACAACAACAACAACGACGACAACCACAACAACGACAACGACAACAACAACAACUACAACGACAACCACUACUACAACAACAACGACAACAACAACGACAACGACAACGACGACAACAACACCCUGUGACACAACCCCCACCACAACGACAACAACGACAACUACUACGACGACAACCACAACAACGACGACAACAACCACUACCACAGAAGGUACCUGUGACACAGCCACAACGACAACAACAACAACAACAACGACGACAACCACAACAACGACAACGACAACAACAACAACUACAACGACAACUACUACUACAACAACAACGACAACAACAACAACAACAACGACGACAACAACACCCUGUGACACAACCCCCACCACAACGACAACAACGACAACUACUACGACGACAACCACAACAACGACGACAACAACCACUACAACAGAAUGUACCUGUGACACAGCCACAACAACCAAAACAACAACGACGACAACCACUGCUACACCAACAACGACCACAACAACAACUACGACUACAGCCACUUCUACAACAACGACGACAACAACCACUACACCCACACCCUGUGACACAACCACAACACCUACAACAAUCACAACAACACCGACAACAACUUCAACGACAACCACUACAACAACAUCCUGUGACACACCCAAAACAACAACAACUACGACAACAACCACUACUACACCAACAACGACAACAACAACGACGACAACAACCCCUACAACAACGACAACGACAACUACGACAACAACAUCAACUACGACAACAACGACAACGACAACAACAACCACAACUACAACCACACCCACAACAACUACAACAAAAAUACCCUGUGACACAGCCACAACAACAACAACGACGACAACAACCACUUCAACACCAACAACGACAACAACUACAACAACACCCUGUGACACACCCACAACAACAACAACUUCGACAACUACCACUGCUACACCAACAACGACAACAACAACGACCACAACAACCACUACAACAACGACAACAACAACGACAACAGCAACCACAACUACAACGACAACCACAACUACAACAACACCCACAACAACCACCACAAAAAUACCCUGUGACACAGCCACAACAAAAACAACUUCGACAACUACCACUGCUACACCAACAACGACAACAACAACGACCACAACAACCACUACAACAACGACAACAACAACGACGACAGCAACCACUACAACAACCACAACUACAACGACAACCACUACAAACACACCCUGUGACACACCCACAACAACACCAACAACAACUACGACGACAACCACUACUACAACAACGACGACAACUACCACUACAACAACAACAACUACGACGACAAGCACUACAACAACACCCUGUGACACAACCCCAACAACAACAACUACGACGACAACUACGACGACAACUACAACGACAACUACUACAACAACAACCACUACAACAACAAAAACAACUACGUCAACAACCACUACAACAACACCCUGUGACACACCCACAACAACACCAACAACGACGACAACCACUACUACAACAACGACGACAACAACCACUACAACAACAACAACUACGACGACAACCACUACAACAACACCCUGUGACACAACCCCAACAACAACAACUACGACGACAACCACUACAACAACACCCUGUGACACAACCCCAACAACAACAACUACGACGACAACCACUACUACCACAACGACGACAACAACUACAACAACGACAUCCUGUGAAACAGCAACUACAACGACGACAUCCUGUGAAACAGCAACUAUAACGACGACUACAACACGCCAACCAUGUACAACAACAAGGCCACCCUGUACUACAACAAGGCCCCCAUGUACCACAACAAGGCCACCCUGUACUACAACAAGACCCCCUUGUACAACAACAAGGCCACCAUGUACAACAACACAGACUCCAUGUACGGAACCAACCACCACUCCGUGCCCCACACCAGCCCCAACGAAGGCCCCCGCCUCACCCGAUAACGGCAACACCGGCAAUAACGCAAAUACCAAUACUGGCAACAACGCAAAUACCAACACUGGCAACAAAGCAAAUACCAACAACGAAAAUACCGGGAACGUGGCUCUUGUUCAGAUUCUGAUGUCCCGACGUGACUGUCGCGGCAAGGAAGACGGUACCUAUCUGGCCGACAGACGCCAUUGUCGCCACUACUACGUGUGCGACGGGCAGAGAUCAAGGCGCCAGAACUGUCCUCAAGGACAGUGGUUCGAUCGUGCGCUGAAAACUUGUCGUCAAAGCAGCGAGGUUACCAAUUGCCUGGCUAUGCGCAAUUAGGAAUUCAGAUAUUCCAGAUUGAAUUGAAAUGGAAAUGAAAAUUUAAAUGAUCCACAAUCAACCUUUCUAUCGCGCGUGAGCUAUCUACAUAUGUAUAUUCCAAAUUUUUACAAGUCAAACCAUACUAUUUCAAUAGACCUGCAAUUUAUUCGAUUAAGUAUCAAUGAAACUAAAGUAAUAUGUAUGUUGAAAUAUUUUGAAAGCAAUAAACUAAUUUUUCAUAGCCAUAAAA